CCCGUGUCGAUGAUGUCAUCAAAUCACAUCUCAUGUGCCAUUCACAUCAUCACAUCAUCAAGCAGCCAAGCAAGCCGAGAUGACGACAACAUCCUCACCGCUGGUGGUGCUCAUGCUGGCCACGGCGGCGGGGGUGGUGUUGGCUGCCCUGGUGCCUGCGGUGCACUGCAUCCCAGACACACCAUCUGCCAAACUGUACGCCGACAACGACGGGAAUCUGCUGGUAACAACAUACGGCUUGAGCGGCGACGUGAUCGUUGACGGCGUGCCCAUCAAACGGAAGCUCAGUGAGCUCGAGCAGAUGUACAACACCUUGGUGGAGCAAGUUGCUGGCCAGACUCAGAGCGGUACCGAAGGUGCCGGCAGCACGGGCUCAACAAACCCCGGCAGCGCAGCGACUUGUUCCGGCUCUUACCCUGCUGGGGCAUACUGCAUGUUUGACACGACUGCGCUGCUCCUGAACAACCAACUCGCCUCCCGCAACCCACACAUGCUGACGCGCCUGCGGCACAUUGCACAGUCAACGGCGACGCCCACGGCCUACGCAUUCCACCAGACGGGGAAGAACAGUUUUGUUAACGUCGUGAACAACUUCACCACCAUCGUGUAUGACAGGGAGCUGCACACGCUGCGCCCGACGCUCCCGCCAGUGUUCGACUCGAGUGCGGUGGAGCUGUACCAGUACCAGGGCCCCACGGUUGGGCACACGCAAAUCGUGCACACGCUGGAUGGCCGAGACUUGUUUCUUUGCUUGCUUCGGGAUGAAGUCAGCGGCACGCAGCGCGUCAAGGCAUUCGCUGUCACCGAGGAUAGCGUCGACAGCACGCGCCUCACGCUGACGGAGGCGACAGAUAUCACGGCUGUUGGCCCGACCGCGUUGUGGUUUGUUGCGUCCCCCACGCACGUUGUGGUCCCCAAUACGAACAGCAAGGUGGCCAUCUUCACCGUGGAUUACGAAGUCACUGCCCCCGAUGACUCCUUCUACUUUGACUUUGACACAGGGAACACCCCGGAAGAGCAAGGCAAGGUGAUUGUCGGGAGUGCAAUCCUUCCCACCAGGGUCUAUGUCGCCCUGGCAAAGAACGGCAAGGGUAGCGUGCGCGUCUUCACGCUUCCCUCGGACGGGUCAAACCCAGAGCUGCUCAACCAGAAGCUCACGUUUGAUGUUGGUAUUCGUGACAUCUACACGCUCGGAGAGGACCGCCUUGUUGUUCGUCUCGCCGAUGACAACAGCACGAACGUCGUGUACGACCUCAGCACCAACGCCUUCACCAACCGUGGCUCGUUCAUCUUGCCGACAGACACGACGGGCACAACCAACUUUGACGUGAACGGCUGCCUUGCUCUCUUUUCCACUCCCAACGAUGGCCUGCAUCUUUUCAACCUGACAACAGCCGUUCCCACGAACAUCCUCACCCUGCCCCACCCUGGCGGUAACCCACGCGUCGCGGCAACAGCAAAUGGUUUUGCAGUCACAAACAGCACCCACCUCUUGUUCUACUGACCGAGGUUGUGCUUGUGUGUGUGUGUGUGUGUGUGUGUG